CUGUCCACCAGGGAUGUUCGACUAACGAAGGAAUGGAAUCUGUCGUUCGCCGGCUGCGGGUUCCUGGGGAUCUAUCACAUCGGAGUGGCCAGCUGUCUUUCAGAACAAGCGCCCUACCUCAUCAAAGGUGCCACCAAGAUCUACGGGGCUUCGGCCGGUUCCCUCUCCGCCUCGAUUCUCGCCAGUCAAGCAUCCAUAGGUAGGCUACAGUACCCUACGCUGGCCUUGAUUCACCGGUCCCUGUCAUCAAUGAUCGCCUGGAUGGGGACUUUACGCACCCAAAGGGUAUCCUCUUUCAUGUGUUUAGGGCAAUUUUAGAUUAGCGAGUCAAAUUAACUUUCAAGAAUAAUACUUGUGGUCUUGACACAUGGGGUGAAAUUAAUUUUACAUGCUGGAAACUUGCUCCUAUGUAAUGAUAGGUGAUUGUACUGGUUUAAGUUGAAUUAGAUUUUUAAAAUAAGCUACAAUUUUUGUCAUGUUCUAACUGCAAAUUUUAUAAUUACAUGGUCAGAGCCAAAUACCCGCCUGGUGAAAUAUGGUAGCUAACCAUUCAUUGAUCAUACAAAACUAUUGAAGAGCCAUCUGAGUCAGUUUUUAGGCGACUAUUGACCUAUUGUUCUCAGGAUCAGCGGCCUCCCAAUGGUACUGUUGAUCUCGCGACUAGGGGCACACCACACAAUCACGAUUAAGAGCAAAUAUAAUCCUGCAUCACAUAUAAGAUUUGAGAGUAGCUCUUACUGAGUCUCUGUGCGAUACCAGGCCUUUUCAUUUCUCUUAAUUUCAAACCCAAUAACCUUAUAUCAAGAGACGAAGGAGUAGCCUGCAAGGUUUCUUGGAAUCAGUCCAACCUGUCCCAGUUGUAUCAUGGUCUACAUGGGAAGAGAGAGUUAAAGAGGGUGAGAGAUUGAAAGAAAGAGUGAAAGAGGGGGAGACUUAUAGAGUGACAGUCAAUAGGGUCAUGAACCUUUUACCGCGGUGGGCUAAACGGUCCCACAGCGUUUUGGUAGUCUUAACAAAUCUGUUGAAAAAGUACACCCCACACAUGGUUGGCUUACAUGAGAAGACCCUGUACCAUGUAUGAUAUAGAGUUGAGUCCGGACAACGUUUGUGUGACGUUGCUUCAGAGGCAGUUUGGAAUUGGUAGUGGUGUGCAAACCGAGGACAGACGUUUUUUUUUUUAGAGCUACUUGCUUCAGCACUCGGCGGUCCAGUUCUGUGAGCUUGUGUGGCCUACCACUUCGCUCCUGAGCCGGUUGUUGCUCCUAGACUUUUCCACUUCACAAUAACAGCACUUACAGUUGACCGGGGCAGCUCUAGCAGGGCAGAAAAUUUGACAAACUGACUUGUUGGAAAGGUGGCAUCCUAUGACGGUUGCCACGUUGAAAGUCACUGAGCUCUUCAGUAAGGCCAUUCUACUUCCAAUGUUUGUCUAUGGAGAUUGCAUGGCGGUGUGCUCGAUUUUAUACACCUGUGAGCUACGGGUGCAUUUGCCUUGCAGCAUUUCAUUGCAGAGGCUGUUGCAGUGCGUUCUGUGUGGUGCAUAAGUUGGAUUUAUCAAAGGCAUGCAUCAAAUUGUAUGUGUAGAUGGCUUGACAGAAGUGGUAGCAGAAGAUGAAUGUUGAACUUUUGUUGCACACAUAUCCCGAUGAUGCUUUCGCGCAAAACACUGUAGGUGUGAUCGAGGCGUUAGCAGCUUAACGAUUUCGAUGCAUGCCUCCGAGCUCCUGUAUCAAAUGUCCUUAUUUGAUCGAAUAUAAGUUUAGCAAUGAGUAGGUUGUUACGAGUAUACUGAUAUAAGUAGGGCACGUGACAUCCCGGCAACUUUGCGAAAGAAUACUUUAUAUCGAAGUUGUGCCUGUUGUUCACACGCUUAUCUCAUUGGCUAGAAUGGUCCGACCUGAUCUUUUGCGCUCAGUUCCUCAACCUGAAAACACGCGAUACCGUAAAGUGUUGUGUAUUCGCGCACCGAAUUCAGGCGGGCCCUGAAGCGCGGCUGGCUUGACUGCGUUUUGCGAGUCUCCGCACACUUGACCGCAGUGGGUGAUAUAGGUUACUCAAAUCGGUUAAUAAGGUUCGACUUGUUACAGGCAGGUGAAACAAAUAUACAAAUUAGAAUAUAAUAUACAUGAAUUAAUAGAAUGCAUAGAAUUAUUAAUAUAAUGCAUCUCUCUCUCAUUUAUUUCCAAUGCAGAAUGUGGGGCGUGGCUCCACCUAAAAUAAGACUCUGCCUCGUUAUGCGGAUUGGCCAGACCUGCCCUGUUCUAGAACCGGGUAGUUCAGCGCUCCCGCGAUUCUCGAAACUUGACUGUCAGUCUCUUCGUACUUUGCAUUGAGGAGUGGACUGACUAGUGUGCGCUAGUUUGAGCCGUCCUCUAUUCCUAUAUCUUUCGGGAACUUGUCAAAAAAGUAAACAUUUUGGUGUGAUCAUAACUAUCGCAUUUACCCCAACUUGUAGGUCGUCGUUAAAGACUGUCCACCAGGGAUGUUCGACCUAACGAAGGAAUGGAAUCUGUCGUUCGCCGGCUGCGGGUUCCUGGGGAUCUAUCACAUCGGAGUGGCCAGCUGUCUUUCAGAACAAGCGCCUUACCUUAUCAAAGGAGCCACCAAGAUCUACGGGGCUUCGGCCGGUUCCCUCUCCGCCUCGAUGCUCGCCAGUCAAGCAUCCAUAGGUAGGCUACAGUACCCUACGCUGGCCCUUGAUUUCACCGGUCCCUGUCAUCAAUUGAUCGCCUGGAUGGGGACUUUUACGCACAAGGAGUACUCCUCUCUUUCAUGUGUUUAGGGCAAUUUUAGAUUAGCAGUCAAAUUUACUUUCAAGAAUAAUAACUUGUGGUCUUGACACAUGGGGUGAAAUUAAUUUUACAAUGCUGGAAACUUUGCUCCUAUGUAAUAGAUAGGUGAUUGUACUUGUGUUAUAGGUUGAAUUUAGAUUUUUAAAAUAAGCUACAUUUUUGUCAUGUUAUAAACUGCAAAUUAUUUAUAAUUACAUGGUCAGAGCCAAAAUACCUGCCUGUGUAGAAAUAUGGUAGCCUACCAUUCAUUGAUCAUACCACACUAUUGAUAGAUGCCAUCUGAGUCAGUUAUAGGACUAUUGACCUAUUGGUUCUCUGGAUCAGCGGCCUCCCAAUGGUACUGAUUGAUCUCGCUGACUAGGGGCACACACACAAUCACGAUUAAGAGCAAAUAUAAUCCUGCAUCACAUAUAACUGAUUUAGAGAGUAGCUCUUAGCUGAGUCUCUGUGCGAUACCAGGCCUUUUCACUUUCUCUUAAUUUUCAACCCAAUAACCUUAUAGUCAAGAGACGAAGGAGUAGCCUGCAAGGUUUCUUGGAAUCAGUCCAUACCUGUCCCAGUUGUAUCAUGUCUACAUGGGAAAGAGAGAGUUAAAGAGGGUGAGAGAUUGAAAGAAAGAGUGAAAGAGGGAGACUUAUAGAGUGAACAGUCAAUAUAGGGUCAUGAACCUUUUACCGCGGUGGGCUAAAACGUGUCCACACAGCGUUUCUUGGUAGUCUUAAACAAAUCUACUUUGAAACAAACGUAUACACCUCACACAUGGUUAUGGGCUUACAUUGAAGAAGACACCUGUACCAUGUAUGAUAUAGAGUUGAAAUGUAUUCAAUUUUGAGUUUGCAUCCCAAUAUGACACUUUAUAUACAGUAUAUCACAGAAGACUGAAAUAUAACAAAACGCCUAGUUUGUUUAUUGAUCUGUACACUGAGGUGACUAUUCAAAUAUGCUCAGCUGGUCAAUAUCCCCCUCCAGUGAUUCCCCGACAUCUUGUCAACAUGUGCCCUGAAAAUCGCGCAGAUAUCUUCUACCAAUCUGACUGUAUGUGCUUUUAUCCAUACCAAGGCUUUUAGGUGUCAAAAACCUCUCCAAAAUGUCAAAUUGUGUCAAAUCUUUCUACAGCAAUUUUAUGGAUAAAAUGACAUUCUUUGAUGUUCAUGAGUGUUUGUGUUUAGGCCCGGUGGCCAAAAACCUCUCCAAAUACAUUUACGGUUUUAGACCUAUUCUUCAAAAUAUCUUACAGAUAUCUUACAGGCCCUUUCUCACCCUCACUCAUCAUGCUACAAGCUGACAGGCACAGACCAUAAAAGCCUCCAGCUCACUCAACUACACCUCCCCGUCUCCAGCAUGGAGCAGAUAAGGAUGUGGCUCCACUGAACUGACCAAUCAGCAGUGAGGAGACUUGAUAGGCAAUGUACUCUUGUGACCCCUUCAACACCAACUGUUCUAUCACCAACAAGUACAUCACCCCAUCUAGUGGAGAGGUGUCAAUUGCACAGGUCAUGACAGUUUAGCUGUAUUGAACAUGUAGCUGUACCGAACACAGGCCCACAGCCCAUUUGAACUGUUCCAGCUUUACUCAAUGUUGAUGCUAUACAGACACUACAAAUACAGAGCAAAGGACAGGCAAGGGAAAUACAGGUAGCCUUUGUUCAUGCCACAGUAAAGGGGAUGUACAGAUACCUAUAGAUUUUUAUGUGCAUGCAAAGGGGAGCUCUGGUCAGGGACACAGCUGCGGUGAGUAGUAAUACUUAUUUUUUUGUAAUCCGGGGAGAGGUUGCAUCACGGAGAUUCCUGAAAGGUGAAAUACAAUUGUGUAAAUGUUUAGUAUUUUUGGUCUCUGAAUUUAAAAAGCCCUGGAUAGCCUAAAGACACUAUAAACAGGGGCCCUUGUUGGGACCACAAUUGCUUGGCAGCAUAUUCAGGAUUUCUUUCAAAAGCGAGUCAGUUGGCUAUAACAAUUGAAUAAACUAGAUAUUCAAAAUAGUGUUGUGCUAGCAUAGGCUAUAAAGCGCUAACUCAGCCAGCCAAAAGUACCUGUGGUAGGUGAGGAUGGAGGAGAGUGACUGGUGUGGAUCAAUUGAUUCAUCCAGGAGAGAGGUUUCAUAUGAGCAGGGGUUUGAACAUCAUUCCUGAAGUAAAAUAGAUGGCGCCGACAGACAUGGCAGCUCUGCUUCUAGCUCCUAAGCAACUUUGCAGUAUUUUGUUUUUUUGUGUGUUAUUUCUUACAUUAUUAGCCCAGAACGUUGUUUGUGUUAUUACAUACAGCCAGAAAUAACUUUUGGAUAUCAGAGCGGCGGUAACUCACCAGCAUUAUGACCACAAAUCAAAUCAAAUUGUAUUUGUCACAUCCACCGAAUACAACAGGUGUAGAUCUUACCGUAAAAUGCUUACCGUAUUUUCCGCACUAUAAGGCGCACCGGAUUAUAAGGCGCACCUUCAAUGAAUGGCCUAUUUUAGAACUGUUUUCAUAUAUAGGGCGCACCGGAUUAUAAGGUGCAUAGAAUAGAAGAUACUGCAGUCAAACGUUUGACUGGGGUUGCGUUAUGUAUCCACUAGAUGGAGCUGUGCUAAAGGGAAUGUCAACAAAACAGUCAGAUAAAGUCAAACUUUAUUAAGCGUUCUGACAACUCCAUUCACUCCCAUGGUAACGUUGUUCAAACGUUAAUGUGCAUAUUAACAAUAUCUCCCAGCCUUGCUCACUCUUCUCCCAAACGUGGAGGGGAACUUUUCCCUGAUUCAGUAAACACGUAGUAAAAGAAACAGUCUGAUACCACUAAAUCAAACGUUAGUGCAUAACUCAACAUUGUUCAGUUACGUAUAACACGUAAAGCUCACUUUUUCAGUUCAUUCCCCGUCCACGAAUCCCUCGAAUUAUUCUUCUUCAGUGUCCGAAUUGAACAGUUGGGCGACUACGGCAUCCAACCUGCCCGGCUCCCUCUCGUCAUUAUCCGAGUCAGUGUCGCUGCUGUUGCCUGGCAGUUCAGAGAUUAUUCCUGCCUUCGUGAAAGCUUGGACCACAGUUGAGACUGAUAUAUCAGCCCAGGCAUCCACGAUCCAUUGGCAGAUAGUGGCGUAAGUUGCCCGGCGCUGUCUCCCCGUCUUGAUGAACGUGUGUACGCCUUCUGUUGCUCUACUCUCUCAAUCUGCUACAGUAAUUGCUUGAUGCAUGUUAGAAAUAAAUGCAUGCAACAUUUAUUUACCAAAAAUGAGACUUGUAUACCAGUGUUGUGUAUAUUUCUGUGUCACGUUAUUCUGUUUUCUACAUUGUUUUUAAAGGUCGAAUGUGGUGAGAUAGUUAGCGAAAUUGUAGACUCAUUUAGGUGGUCCUCUGUAGCUCAGCUGGUAGAGCACGGCGCUUGUAACGCCAAGGUAGUGGGUUCGAUCCCCGGGACCACCCAUACACCAAAAAAAAUGUAUGCACGCAUGACUGUAAGUCGCUUUGGAUAAAAGCGUCUGCUAAAUGGCAUAUUAUUAUUAUUCUGUCAUCCACUGCUCCCACGCAGCUCGCAGUCUAGCUUUGAACGCCCUGUUGACACCAAUAUCUAGCGGCUGGAGUUCUUUAGUUAAUCCACCCGGAAUGACGGCAAGCUCCGAAUUAGUUUGCUUCACUUGUUUUUUGACAGCAUCGGUGAUAUGGGUGCGCAUGGAGUCGUAGAUCAAUAGGGACGGAGCUGUGUGGAAAAAGCCACCCGGUCUCUUGACGUAAAUUUCUCUCAGCCACUCACUCAUCUUUUCCUCAUCCAUCCAGCCCUUCAGGCUAGCUUUGAUGACGACGCCGGCUGGAAAGUUUUCUUUUGGCAAGGUCUUCCUCUUGAAAAUAACCAUGGGUGGAAUUUUCUGGCCAUUAGCCUGGCAGGCGAGAACUACAGUGAAGGAUGACUUCUCAUUCCCUGUGGUGCGUACAGACACCGUACUGGUCCCCGUUUUCUCCACAGUGCGGUUCACGGGAAUAUGAAAGGUGAGUGGAACCUCGUCCAUGUUGGUGAUGUGCUCUGGCCGGAUCUUCUUUUCAGUGAUCUUCUUUUUGCAGUAUGCGCGGAAAGUGACCAGCUUUUCUUUUCUUUUGGCAGUUGCUGCGAGACGGUAGUUCGUGUGCGGAUGGAGAGAUUACGUCUUUUCAUAAAACGAAAGCACCAAGAAGGACCGCCUCGAAAUUCAUCGAUGAUCAUGUCCCGUGCUAGCGCUGUUGCCUUCAUUCGAAUAGUGACUGUAGAGACGCUUCUACUUGCUGCUCUCUGUUCAACAACCCACUGUUCGAGUUUGUCCUCUAACUGUGGCCAUCUCGCUUUGUUCCCUCGGAAACUCUGUUUAGUCUUCUUUACUUGGCGCAGGUCAUCUUCUUGCUUCCUCCACUUCCGUACCAUUGAUUCAUUAAUGUUGAAUUCUCUCGCUGCUGCUCUAUUCCAAUAUUCUACUGCGUGACCGACAGCCUUGAGCUUGAACUCUGCGUCAUAAGCGUGUCUCUUGAAAGGUGCCAUUUUGGGGUCUUUAUACACACACAAGUGGUGUGGGACUGUGAGUAAGCACAGUACCGGUGUUUACUGACUACGGUAGCCGUAAUGCUGCAAGCGGUGCGGCUUUGUAGUUUACCAGUCGUACUGAAACAUUUCAUUAUUAUUAAAUUGUUUUUAUUGGUUUUUCAUACUGAAACAUUUUGACAGAGUGCCUUGAGCGCCGUGUACAACCAGUAUGGAUCAACCAAUUAACCAAUUGUUCCAUAUAUAAGGUGCUCCGGAUUAUAAGGCGCACUGUCGUUUUUUGAGAAAAUUAAAGGCUUUUAAGUGCGCCUUAUAGUGCGGAAAAUACGGUACUUACAAGCCCUUAACCAACAAUGCAGUUCAAGAAAUAGAGUUAAGAAAAUAUUUACUAUAUAAACUAAAGUAAAAAAUAAUAAAUUACAAUACCAAGGAUAUAUUCAGGGGGUACCGGUACUGAGUCAAUGUGCGGGGGUACAGGUUAGUCAAGGUAAUUUGUAUAUGUAGGUAGGGGUAUGACUUUCCCAAACUACGACUUUCCCAAAAUAUUACUUUCCCAAAUUGGAUCCAUUGUUCGUACCCCCCAGGGCAUUUUAACUUAUCCCAGAGGCUGCUCCAAGACGCCGCCGGCAGAGAAGAGGUAUUCGGAGUGGACUUCUAGUCCGACUCAGGAGGCGUGCACACCAUCCACCGCUUCCGAGUAUAUUACUCGCUAAUGUUCAGUCCCUGGACAAUAAAGUAGAUGAGCUCAGGGCGAGGAUCUCCUUUCAGAGAGACAUCAGGGACUGUAACAUACUCUGUUUCACGGAAUCAUGGCUCUCUCCGGAUAUACUGUCCCCGCCCAUAUAGCCAGCUGGGUUCUCAGUACAUCGCACAGACAGGAAUAAAGAACUCUCCGGGAAGAAGAAAGGCGGUGGUGUAUGUUUCAUGAAUAACUACUCAUGGUGUGAUUGUGAUAACGUGCAGCCCCCCCUCUGUACUCCCUGUUCACCCAUGACUGCGUGGCCACGCACGCCUCCAACUCAAUCAUCAAGUUUGCAGAUGACAACAGUAGUAGGCCUGAUUACCAAUGACGAGACAGCCUACAGGGAGGAGGUGAGGGCCCUGGCGGAGUGGUGCAGGAAAAUAACCUCUCCCUCAACAUCAACAAGAUGAAGGAGCUGAUCAUGGACUUCAGGAGACAGCAGAGGGAGCAUGGCCCUAUCCACAUCGACGGAGCCGCAGUGGAGAAGGUGAAAAGCUUCAAGGUCCUCUCCAUACACAUCACUGACAAUCUGAAAUGGUCCACCCACACAGACAGUGUAGUCAAGAAGGCGCAACAGUGCCUCUUCAACCUCAGGAGGCUGACGAAAUUAGUCUUUUACAGAUCCACAAUUGAGAGCAUCCUGUUGGGCUGUAUCACCGUCUGGUACGGCAACUGCACUGCCCGCAACCGCAGGGCUCUCCAGAGCGUGGUGCGGUCUGCCCAACGCAUCACUGGGGGCACACAGCCUGCCCUCCAGGACACCUACAGCACCCUAUGUCACAAGAAGGCCAAAAAGAUAAUCAAGGACAUCAACCACCCGAGCCACUGCCUGUUCACCUCUCUAUCAUCCAGAUGGCGAGGUCAGUACAGGUGCAUCAAAGCUGGGACAGAGAGACUGAAAAACAGCUUCUAUCUCAAGGCCAUCAGACUGUUAAAUAGCCAUCACUAGCCGGCUACCACCUGGAUACUCAACACUGCACCUUAGAGGCUACUGCCUGUUUGACAUAGAAACUCCAGAUUUUCAGCGGGAGUUUUCAAAUACGGUUGAUGAAUUAUGAAAAUAUGAAGAAUAUUAAUAAAUAGACGCCAGUGGGCCACUAGAGUGCGCUAAAGCAGGAUGAGACAAAAGAAAGUAUUGGAUUGUUGUGAAAAUUGGCAGAAGAAAGAUCUAGGUUACCGUUCAUGAUAACAGUUCGUAUAGGGUCACCCACGAGCUUUGGGGAUUUUAAUUUUGGGAAGGAGGGGGAGGGUUGGAGUCCCUCCGGAGGUCGGGCCCCCCAGAUAGUACAGUUGAAGUCGGAAGUUUACAUACACUUAGGUUGGAGUCAUUAAAACUUGUUUUUCAACCACUCCACAAAUUUCUUGUUAACAAACUAUAAUUUUGGCAAGUUGCUUAGGACAUCGACUUUGCGCAUGACACAAGUAAUUUUUCCCACAAUUGUUUACAGACAGAUUGUCACUUAUAAUUCACUGUAUCACAAUUCCAGUGGGUCAGAUGUUUACAUACACUAAGUUGACUGUGCAUUUAAACAGCUUGGAAAAUUCCAGAAAAUGAUAUCAUGGCUUUAGAAGCUUCUGAUAGGCUAAUUGACAUCAUUUGAGUCAAUUGGAGGUGUACCUGUGGAUGUAUUUCAAGGCCUACCUUCAAACUCAGUGCCUCUUCGCUUGGCAUCAUGGGAAAAUCAAAAGAAAUCAGCCAAGACCUUAGAAAAAAAAUUGUAGACCUCCACAAGUCUGGUUCAUCCUUGGGAGCAAUUUCCAAACGCCUGAAGGUACCACGUUCAUCUGUACAAACAAUAGUACACAAGUAUAAACACCAUGGGACCACGCAGCCGUCAUACUGCUCAGGAAGGAGACGCGUUCUAGAGAUGAACGUACUUUGGUGCGAAAAGUGCAAAUCAAUCCCAGAACAACAGCAAAGGACCUUGUGAAGAUGUUGGAGGAAACAGGUACAAAGUAUCUAUAUCUACAGUAAAACGAGUCAUAUAGACAUAUAACCUGAAAGGCCGCCCAGCAAGGAAGAAGCCACUGCUCCAAAACCGCCAUAAAAAAGGCAGACUAUGGUUUGCAACUGCACACGGGGACAAAGAUCGUACUUUUUGGAGAAAUGUCCUCUGGUCUGAUGAAACAAAAAUAGAACUGUUUGGCCAUAAUGACCAUCGUUAUGUUUGGAGGAAAAAGGGGAAGGCUUGCAAGCCGAAGAACACCAUCCCAAUCGUGAAGCACGGGGGUGGCAGCAUCAUGCUGUGGUGGUACUUUGCUGCAGGAGGGACUAAUGCACUUCACAAAAUAGAUGGCAUCAUGAGGAAGGAAAAUUAUGUGGAUAUAUUGAAGCAACAUCUCAAGACAUCAGUCAGGAAGUUAAAACUUGGUCGCAAAUGGGUCUUCCAAAUGGACAAUGACCCCCAAGCAUACUUCCAAAGUUGUGGCAAAAUGGCUUAAGGACAACAAAGUCAAGGUAUUGGAGUGGCCAUCACAAAGCCCUGACCUCAAUCCUAUAGAAAAUGUGUGGGCAGAACUGAAAAAGCGUGUGCGAGCAAGGAGGCCUACAAACCUGACUCAGUUACACAGCUCUGUCAGAAGGAAUGGGCCAAAAUUCACCCAACUUAUUGUGGGAAGCUUGUGGAAGGCUACCCGAAGCGUUUGACCCAAGUUAAACAAUUUAAAGGCAAUGCUACUAAAUACUAAUUGAGUGCAUGUAAACUGAAUAUGUCAUAAGCCAUUUUAUUUAUUUAUUUAUUACAGGAAAUUAGCUUUAAAGCUGCAAAAUUAUCUCUCUGCUCCCCAUGCACCGAAUACAACAAGUGUAGACUUUACUGUGAAGUGCUUACUUACGAGCCCUCUCCCAACAACCAGAGUUAAAAAGUAAGAACAUUUGCACCAAAAAAAGGAAAUAGGAACACAAUAAAAUAACGAAGCUAUAUAAAAGGAAUACCUGUACCGAGUCAAUGUGCUGGGGUACGAGGUACUUGAGGUGAUUGAGGUAAUAUGUACAUGUAGGUAGGGGUAAAAGUGACUAGGCAAUCAGGAUAGAUAAUAAACAGAUAAUAAACAGAGUAGCAGCAGCGUGGGAAAGUGUGUCUAUGUGUGUGUGUGAGCGUUUGUGUGUGUGUGUUUGUGUGUGUCGCUGUAGUAUGUGUGAGUGUGUGUGGGUGAGUCCAGUGAGUGUGCAUAGAGCCAGUGCAAGAGAGUCAGUGCAAAAAAAAGGGGAUCACUAAAAUAGUCCGGGUAGCCAUUUGAUUAACUAUUACACUACCUCAGUAUUUUCUUAUCACCAAUAGAUUUUCUUUAUAGGAACUCUGUGUACAUACCAGUCAUUAGAUCCAUUCCAUCAAAGUGUAGAUAAGAUGAACACACAUAACUAGCUCAGUACAGGUGCAGAGCAGUAAAUAAGUGAAAUCAGUGGAGAAAUUGUUUUUGUGAGCUACGGAUCACUGUUUAAUUCCCUUGAGAAUCAAUUUUCCUUUGAACAAAACAAUUAUCCAAUUCCUCCCAAUGGAAGGCCCUAACACACUGUCUCGCCAUCCCUCCCCUCCUCUAGCUAGGUGCUGUGAGGAUGUGAUCGAGACGGUCAAGGAGGCUCGGAAGCGUAACCUGGGUCCCCUCCACCCCUCAUUCAACCCGCUCAAGAGCAUCAGGUCGGGCCUGGAGCGCGACCUGCCCGCCGAUGCACACACACUCGCCUCCGGGAGGCUGUGUGUGUCACUCACUCGCGUGUCUGAUGGACAAAACGUCAUCGUGUCCGAGUUCAAGUCCAAGGAGGAGCUCAUCCAGGUGAGUGUGCCUCGCUCAACCCACCUGGGCUGCUAUUCACAAAACAUAGGAGCACUGAUCUAGGAUCAGUUUGGCCUUUUUAAAUCAUAAUGGAUAAGAGGUGGGACCUGAUUGUAGAUCAGCACUCCUACUAUGAAACGCGUUGUGAAUAUGGGCCCUGAACACCCCUGAGCACUUGAGAGCAGUGGCGGCUGGUGAAAAAUAUUCUCGGUGGGGCUGUGCCAUACUUUUUUUUUCCUGUAACCAUCGCGAUAUAUUUUAACACAAACUGCAGGAAAGCAGUGCUCAGUGAAACAUUCAGUAAUUAUUUAAUGCCAAUAUUAAAAAGUUGAGGCAUUCUUACACAAAAACAUAUUACACAAACCCAAGCCUUUCAUUUGCAUUUAAAGUGAACUUUUCACCAUUGGUAGUAAACAGGCAACGCAACAGGCAUGCUGUCAGAACAGAGUGGAAAGUGGACAAUAACAUGAAAUUAUUAUAAAGUUUAUAGGAAAUCUUACACUGUAUAAAAGGAUGUAUAAUAUAGAAAUGGAUAUCAAGUGGAUGAACUCAAACCUUUGACUGGAAGAAUAGCAUACAGUAUUUUAUGAUCAUACUAAAUGUGACUAAUUGUUAAUGUGCUCCAGAACUGCAACAAUUAAUUGAUACAAAACAACAUAUAUACAGUAAUAUUAGCAAAGACACUAUUAAGACUUUCUAGAGUACCAUAUAUAACUGGAUUUUUUUAUGCUAAGGUCAACUAUAUACAAAGAAACAUGCGGCCAGAGCUGCUCUGUGUGUGUGUGUCUGUCAUCUUAUUUGUACAGGAAUUUUAUAUAUAUAUAUAGACAGACAGACAGACAGACAGACAGAUAGUGUGUGUAUAUACACACAUAUCAUUUUGUUCUGCUGUGCACUUAGCAAUAAAGUUAAUCUUCAAUAACAACUAGGCCUCUUCUAGAAAUUGACCUGGUGGACACCUGAAUAAUUAUUACAAACUGUGUAGUACUUUCCUGCAUUAUUAUCAACGUCUGAUUGUGUCUUCUCUUUCCUUUUAAAAUACUAAAACAAAUAUAAUUGUGACGGCUCUAUGAUAAUCACUCACUUUGAUGACCAGACACAUUUAGGCUUUUAAACUGUUGUAAGUGAACUAUUCAUCUUUCUAACAACAUCUUUAUCAGCCAAUAGUAAAUAUAGUUAUUUACCUGAUUGUUAGCAUGCUGUCUGUGAACCUCUGGACAAGUGCUUUAAUGAAGACAGGGUCGAUGUUCCUCUUCUGCAGCUGGCUGAAAAGCAUGUCCACAUUUGGCAUGAUCUUGUGGAACAGUGCCAGGAAAAAACAGAAAGCCUCGUCUUCGAGCAUCCUCACAAAGCCCCCCGCCUCUCUGACAGUCGGGGCAUCAAAGUUCCCAGAGUCUCUGAUGGUCUGGAAACACGUUAGUGGGUGGAAACGUCAGUCGUCUCGUCAGCUUGAAUGGCGAUAAAAUCAGCACUCUUUACUUCCUCCAGGAUGUAAUCCUUAAGCACUGACAGCAUACAUUCCAACAGCUCGUUCUGUAUCGUCUUUGACGUGCCCUUAAAAACGGUAGCUGUCUUCAGGUGCUCCUCCAGCACACUGUCGAGGGAGGCAACAAAAUCCACUAAGCCCCGGAAAAUGCCGGGGUUGUCCGAGGAGUCAGUCUCCUCGUGCCCACGCAAGGCCAACUCAAAAGCCCCACAGAACUUCACACAAUCGAUAAUUUUGGAUAGAAUGUGCCUGUUUUUAUCCACCUCCUCAUUGUGUUUCCUCACCGCAAUCCUGUGGCCGUCAUCCAGCUGCGUAGCAAUGUUCACCCUUCCUAAUACAGCUAGCUUUACAGAGUUGUCCAUGUGUGCCCUGGUGUUCUCAUGUUUCUUUACCUUCUCUGACAGGUGCUUCAUAUCCCUCACUCCGGUACCUGUCCAUGCUGAAUCUGACCCCGUCCGGCCCGUCGUUUUAAAAAGCAAGCACGGAAAGCAAAAUAAAGCAUUAGCAUCAGUGCACCCAGCUAGCCAAGCCUUCCUGGUGUACCAGCUACGGGAGAAGCCGCGCAUAUACUGCUUCCCUUUCUCGCUAGCCUGCUGUCUGAUUGAGAGGUCAGGUUGAUCUGGGCCCAGCUCUUUCACCCGAACUUUCUCUGACAAAGUUCUCCUCUCAAACGGAUCUUGGAGGAGAGAUUUCACCGAGUUAGGGUUGGGUCUUGGAGGAGUAACGUUUGCGCUCACCAUUGUCGUCUAGUAAAAAUGGCGCCACUGGAGCCCGGUCCUUAUUUUAUCAGGGGCGAGCUUGGGGCGAUAAAAUAAUCGCCCUCCUUGGAUUCGAAUUAAAAUCGCUGAUUAGCUACAUUUUAUGUCAUAUAUUCAUAUCUUAAAUUAGCAAUUGGCUUAACUGCUACGUAGACCCGCCUCCUCGGGGCACUUUCUGUAUCGCCCAGAGCUGAUGAGGCGUUUGACAGGCAGAGGAAAGGUUGCAAAUAUGAUUUUCUAUCAUAUCUUACACAUAUUACUGUGUGCAUUCCAUAUUUCAAACACACAAAUAUUGACAUACUGAUGUUUUUAUUAUUAUUAUCAUUAUUUUUAUUUAUUUUUUAUUUUAUUUUUUAAAAUAAUUUUAUUUAAGGGGGCGGCGCCCUAGCGCCCUCUAUUGGCCAGCCGCCACUGCUUGAGAGUUUUUCCAUAUCCCAUAUUUAUCCCAUACAUAUUUGUCCUUUCACCUACUGGCCUUGCCAUUGACUUUUUACAUAAGUUGUAUUUAGUGUAAACUGGGUUGAACUGUGUAACAUCUCUUUCUCUGGUGUGUCCACAGGCAAUACUGUGUAGCUGUUUCAUCCCCAUAUACUGUGGCCUGAUCCCCCCAUCCUUCCAAGGAGUGGUACGUUUCCUUGAACACUGUUUCCUUAUUUUCUAAGAAGAAGCAGCAGAUGUUGGACUUGGUUUAUUAUGGUCUCAUCUUUAAGAUGCCUUUAUUGCUCAGGUCAUAGUCAUAAGGAGGCUAUAGGUUCAAGUGUUACACAAUGUUUGGAUUUUUCUGUUUGCAUGUCUGUCUGUCGGGUCUGUGCAUACACUCUGGUACUUGUCCAUUUGUCAGUCUACCCUACCCUAGUAGCUAAUCAGCCCAAGGACCAUUUCCCUUGGCAGGUCAGUGGUGUAUUAUAUACACUACAUGACCAAAAGUAUGUGGACACCUGCUGUUCGAACAUCUCAUUCCAAAAUCAUGGGCUUUAAUUUGGAGUUGACCCCCCCUUUGCUGCUAUAACUGCCUCCACUCUUCUGGGAAGGCUUUCUACUAGAUGUUGGAACAUUGCUGAGGGGACUUGCUUCCAUUCAGCCACAAGAGCAUUAGUGAGGUUGGGCACUGAUGUUGGGCGAUUAGGCCUGGCUCGCAGUCGGCGUUCCAAUUAAUCCCAAAGGUGUUCGAUGGGGUUGAGGUCAGGGCUCUGUGCAGGCCAGUCAAGUUCUUCUACACCGAUCUCGACAAACCAUUUCUGUAUAGACCUCGCUUUGUGCACGGGGGCAUUGUCAUGCUGAAACAGGAAAGGGCCUUCCCCAAACUGUUGCCUAAAAGUUGGAAGCACAGAAUCGUCUAUAAUGUCAUUGAAUGCUGUAGCAUUUAGCUUUCCCUUCACUGGAACUAAGGGGCCUAGCCCAAACCAUGAAAAACAGCCUCAUACCAUUAUUCCUCCUCCAUCAAACUUUACAGAUGGCACUAUGCAUUGGGGCAGGUAGCAUCUGCCAAACCCAGAUUCAUCCGUUGGACUGCCGGGUGGUGAAGCGUGAUUCAUCACUCCAGAGAACGGGUUUCCACUGCUCCAGAGUCCAAAGGUGGUGAGCUUUACACCACUCCAGCCGACGCUUGGCAUUGCACAUGGUGAUCUUAGGCUUGUGUGCGGAUGCUCGGCCAUGGACGAACAGUUCUUGUGCUGACGUUGCUUCCAGAGGCAGUUUGGAACUCGGUAGUGAGUGUUGCAACCGAGGACAGACAAUUUUUACGCACUACGCACUUCAGCGGUCCCGUUCUGUGAGCUUGUGUGGCCUACCACUUCACGGCUGAGCAGUUGUUGCUCCUAGACGUUUCCACUUCACAAUAACAGCACUUACAGUUGACCGGGGCAGCUCUAGCAGGGCAGAAAUGUGACGAACUGACUUGUUGGGAAGGUGGCGUCAUAUGAUGGUGCCACAUUGAAAGUCACUGAGCUCUUCAGUAAGGCCAUUCUACUGCCAAUGUUUGUCUAUGGAGAUUGCAUGGCUGUGUGCUCGAUUUUAUACACUUGUCAGCAUCAGGUGUGGCUGAAAUAACCAAAUCCACUAAUUUUAAAGGGGUGUCCACAUACUUUUGUAUAUAUAGUGUACUUCCAGACUGGCUUCUGGCUUCAGCAGAUUGGGACCAGGGAGUCCAGGGUGGCUCCAUUCUAAACUGAGUCACUAGGACAUAGGAGCACAGUCCUCCAAAACAUAAACUACCAUAUAACACUGACCGAUUUAGGUAUUCUCUCUCUCUCUCUCUCUCUCUCUCUCUUUAUCUCUCUCUCUCUCUCUCUCUCUUUAUCUCUCUCUCUUUCUCUCGUACCAUUCUGGCUCGGGGGAAGAACUGACUCAGAGCCAAGUCUACAUUGUGACUCAACACAUUAACACACAGACCUGUCUUACAUGCUGACCACACCACCCGCGUUGCAUGCGUUGCAAAAUAAAUGUACACAUGCAUGUUAUUCAAUCAUUUAAUCUAAACUGCUCGCAAGCGUCUGCGUAGCCAGGUUGGUUGCCAACCGCUGUGUAAAGUCCACAGUAGAAGAAGACUGAAGGAGGAGAGAUUACUAGAAAUGAACUAGAUUUUCCCUUUUAUCUGUGGAUUAAUUGUGGGAGUAGAGAACACACGAUUUUGUGUGACUCAAAAUGGGUCAAAGUUCUAGAAAAAAGGACCUAUGUGCAUUUCAGGUAAAAUAACAACCCAAUGUUUGUAGCUAAAUGUCCAUUAACAUUUCAUGCGUUUUGACCUGUCCCCAAAUUAAUAUGUUUGGUUUAGAGUUUGUUUUGAUAUUUCAACCUGCGUGUCCGGAUCGCGUCUGGUGUUGAUGUACAAAAUCAAUUUGCGAACGCCCGGUCUAGACAGCAUGUUAUGCCAUAUCUCUCUAUAUAGAUGUAUGCCCUAUACUAGGCCUAUUAUGACAAAUAUAUAGAACAGUCAUAAUUGACUUACAGCAUAUCUGAUUGCAUGAAGUUUAACUUUCUGCCAGUUGACUGAGCAUGUACUUUUUCAGAAUACUGUACAUAUGAUUUAUUUAAGUUUCUUGUGAAAGUGAUGCGGUUUCAUUUAAACUAGAUUUCGUCACUGGACUACAUUCACGUAACAGUUGGCUAUGACACUCUGAACAAGGAAAUAUACUACAAUCUUUGCCCUCAGCCCUGAACUCUCUUUGCCAACCUCACUGCCAAAUUGAGUCUUGAUCUGGCUUUGGAACUGGCACUGCUAUCCUUUUUCCCUCAGAUGUUCUAAGCGUUUUACACUGGAAAAAUAUUAAUUAAUUCACAAAUCUGAACUUGAAAUGGAGCUACAUCGUGUAAUUACAAUGCUAUGAAAAAGUAUUUGCCCCCUUUCUAAUUUUCUCUACUUUUGCAUAUUUGUGAUACUGAAUGUUAUCAGAUCUUCAACCAAAACCUAAUAUUAAAUAAAGGGAACAUAAGUGAACAAAUAACACAACAAUUACAUAUUUAUUUCAUUUAUUUCAUAAACAAAGUUAUGCAACACCCAAUUCCCCUGUGUGAAAAAGUAAUUGCCCCCUUACACUCAAUAACUGUGCCACCUUUAGCUGCAAUGACUCCAACCAAAUGCUUCCUGUAGUUGUUGAUCAGUCUCUCACGUCGCUGUGGAGGAAUUUUGGCCCACUCUUCCAUGCAAAUCUGCUUUAACUCAGUGACGUGUGGGUUUUCAAGCAUGAACUGGCAUUACUGGAACCAUGUCGUCCAAAAAGUUAUACUUUUGAAUCAUCUGUCCAUAGAACAUACUUCCAAGAGUCUUGAUGAUCAUCCAGGUGCUUUUUGGCAAACUUGAGUCAACCUUUUGGACGAGAUGGGUCCCAUUAUGCCUGGCGAAAACCAAACACUGCACAGUAAGAACAUCAUACCAAAGGUCAAGCAUGGUGGUGGUGGUGGUGUGAGGGUUUGGGGAUGCUUUGCUGCCUCAGGACCUGGAUGACUUGCCUUAAUAGAAGGAACCAUGAAUUCUGCUCUGUAUCAGAGAAUUCUACAGGAGAAUGUCAGACCAUCCGUCUGUGAGCUGAAGCUGAAGCGCAGCUGGGUCAAGCAGCAAGACAAUGAUCCAAAACACACAAUCAAGUCUACAUGAAAAUUGCUAAAAAGCAACAAAUUGGAAGUUUUGGAAUGGCCUAGUCAAAGUCCAGACCUAAUCCCAAUUGAGAUGUUGUGGCAGGACUUGAAACAAGCAGUUCAUGCUUGAAAAACCACACGUCACUGAGUUAAAGCAGUUCUGCAUGGAAGAGUGGGCCAAAAUUCCUCCACAGCGACGUGAGAGACUGAUCAACAACUACAGGAAGCAUUUGGUUGGAGUCAUUGCAGCUAAAGGUGGCACAACCAGUUAUUGAGUGUAAGGGGGCAAUUACUUUUUCACACAGGGGAAUUGGGUGUUGCAUAACUUUGUUUAUGAAAUAAAUAUGUAAUUGUUGUGUUAUUUGUUCACUUAUGUUCCCUUUAUCUGUCACGGUUUCGGCCGAGGCUGCCUCUCUCCCUUGUUCGGGCAGGCUUCGGCGUUCGUUGUCUCCGGAAUACUAGCUGCCACCGUUGUAUGUUUCAUGUUCGUUUGCUUUUGUCUGAUUGUUGUCACACCUGUUAUCAUUUAGUGUCAUUAGUGUCCUAUUUAGUUCUCGUUGUGUUUGUCAGGUGUUGUGUGUUAUUGAUUUUGGUCUGUCGUGUGUUGGGCUUAUUUUCGCCCUUUCGCUCGGUUGAGCUUUCCUCCACUGCGUUGGAGCGUUACGCACCUGUUAGUGCGCUUGUUGCUAUUUCGCCUUCGUGCGUAUUUUUGCCUUCGGGCAAGUGUUGUUAUUUUUCCUGUUUGGAGAUUAACUAAAGUUGUUUGGACUAUCCUUCGGUGUUCUGCGUUUGAUUCCACCACUCCACCCACCUACAGCACGCGUGACAGAAUAACACACCAAUGGUGGAAUCAAACGCAGAACACCGAAGGAUAGUUCAAACAACUUUAGUUAAUCUCCAAACAGGAAAAAUAACAACACUUGCCCGAAGGCAAAAAUACGCACGAAGGCGAAAUAGCAACAAGCGCACUAACAGGUGCGUAACGCUCCAACGCAGUGGAGGAAAGCUCAACCGAGCGAAAGGGCGAAAAUAAGCCCAACACACGACAGACCAAAAUCAAUAACACACAACACCUGACAAACACAACGAGAACUAAAUAGGACACUAAUGACACUAAAUGAUAACAGGUGUGACAACAAUCAGACAAAAGCAAACGAACAUGAAACAUACAACGGUGGCAGCUAGUAUUCCGGAGACAACGAACGCCGAAGCCUGCCCGAACAAGGGAGAGAGGCAGCCUCGGCCGAAACCGUGACAUUAUCUAAUAUUUGGUUUUGGUUGAAGAUCUGAUAACAUUCAGUAUCACAAAUAUGCAAAAGUAGAGAAAAUUAGAAAGGGGGCAAAUACUUUUUCAUAGCACUGUAUAUAAGACUGGCAUAAAAAUUGAUUAAUUCUCCAAAUAGUAAUGUCAGAUUGUUUGGUCAUGAGUUAGCAGUGUGGAGAGGCUGGCUAAUGGGGAAAUAUUGUACUGACAUGCCUAAUAUGCCCUCAAGAGGGGAAUUUCCUUGAAUAUGUCGUAUCAUAUUAGAUUUCAGUGAUAACAGAGUUAGGUUAUAAAUGACAUGUUUUUUAGCAGAAGAUAGUUGGAGGCAGUCAACAACAAAUAUUUAUAAUAUAUUUUCCAAAUACUAUUAUUUACUUACUUUCUCCUCAAAAUACCUAGGGGUCUCUGUCAGUGCUUUAAAGACCUAUGUGCUAUAUCUAUUUCUGUCUCAGGCACGGGGCUGUUGAAAGAGAGCGACCCGGCUCUACAUAUUUUACUGGUUUGUGACUCACUGACACCGCCCCCCGGUUAGAGGGGAAUAAAGCAGCCCAAGCGUUAACACACACAGGAACUUUAAAUCACACACAGGAGAAGAUGUACAUGGGUAUGGUUCUGUAAUGGACAGAAAUAGAGAGGUAAUACAUAUGCUAUACAGGAGAUAAAUACACUGGCCUGAAUAUAUAUUUUCAGAGUACGAUAGAAUGGGAUAUGGGAUAAAACAACAAGGACUGUGUCUAAUAAUGACCUAAUAAGCAUGUAUUAUAUAGUAACACCAGAUUAAUGACUAGCAUGGUGAUGACACAGUAAGAAUAAUGGCAAGGAUUGUAUAUUAUACAAAUAGUAUGCUAUUGCACAGCAACACACAAGAGCAAGGACUCAUCAUUGCAUACAAUAUCAGAAGUAACAUAAUAACUUGAAUGAGAACUACAUGGAAUACUACUACUCUAGCACAUACUACAAUGAUAACAGCGACAUCAACUUACUUUGUAGUCACGAAUCGUAUGCACAUAUGUUCACCCACACUCACAGACUGGAAUAACACAGUUUAGGUACGGCAAUAUUUACUCCCUUGGAGAGCAUGGGGUCAGGCUGGCUAGCCAAUCAGGGCCUGGAGAGACUGCAUGGCUAGAGCUUGCACAGGGUUGAGACACAUGGCUAUUGUCUGAUUGGCUGAAGCCAUAAACUGGAGGAGAUAUCAUCUCUCUGGUCGGGGGGUGAAAGGGUGAGGAUGGGUGAGAGAGACAGCGUGGCUCCAGAAAGCAAAUAAACAAAUGCUCACACAAAACAGUGAUAUAGCGCCCUUGGCAGGGGGAUUCUGUAACAGCUGUAUUGAUGUGUCUUGCCCCUUAGAGUGAAUGCCAGACAAAUCUUCUCUAAGUUGAUAGCCUUUAUAAGCGAUGUAGAACAGUCAUCUCUGUCAGCCCUGAGACAUAUUGACCACAGUAUGUCUGGGGUCUUGCUCUGUGGAGAGGCUGUGGUCCUGAUGUAAGUAAAUAGUCAAACAGCCUUGUUUAUAAUUGAGCAUGGGUCCAAAAACACCCAAGUAUUCUCACUUUCUCUCCCCCUCCUCCCUCUCUCCCCCCCCUUCUCUCUCCAGCGUUAUGUGGAUGGGGGGAUCAGUGACAACCUUCCACAGUCAGUGCUGAAGAACACCAUCAGCAUCUCGCCGUUCUCUGGCGAAAGCGACAUCUGUCCCCGGGACACCUCCUUCAACUUCCACGAGCUUCGUCUCAACAACACCUCCAUCCGGUUGAACCUGGGCAACAUGUACCGCCUCAGCAAGGCCCUGUUCCCCCCAGAACUCAAGGUACACACUUAGCACCUUUUUUUCUAUCUAGAACCUUAAAUGGUUCUUCGGCUGUCACCAUAGGACUCUUUGAAGAUCCAUUUUUGGUUCCAAGUAGAACCCUUUUGGGUUCCAUGUAGAAGCAUUUCCACAGAGAGCUGGAACCAAAAAGGGUUCUCAUAUGGGGAAGCCGGAAAACCCUUUGCAAUCCUUUUUUCAAAGAGCGUAGGACUCCCGCUAUGACUGCUUACCAAUGUGUUAUUUAUGGGUUAUGAAUGUGUUAUGUAGGCCCUGUUGCCAAAGGUAGGAUGGAGGAUCAGGAUGCUCCUUAGUCCCAUUCAUUAGAUGGGUUGUUUAUGACUACUUGUAAAUGCCUUAUGUAUGGUUAUGAAUGUGUUAUGAAAUGUUUGGGUUACGGUAUGUAACCCCGGUUCUCUGAAGGAGAUGAGGGAGACAUCUCACUAUGGGACACACCCUCUUCUGCGGGUCAUUGGUUGAAACCUUAUUCAAAUAACGCCUAACAGGCCAAUCAGAGCUUUGUUGGUGUACGCCCCACGCGUCUAUAUAACACCCUGCACUGCUCUGGUUUCCUCAUUCUAAGAACUACCUCUUACACGAGUCGUGCAAGAGGGGCAAUCUGGUGAGAUGUCUCCCUCAUCUCCUACAGAGAACUGGGGUUACAUACCGUAACCCAAAGUUUUCUUUCAGUCGACUCGGUUCGACAUCUCACUAUGGGACACUUGCAAAACGCCCGAUUGCCAAUAGUCUGUUUCCUGAGAAGCCUGUUGUGGUACAUGGUAAUGUACCUGAUCCAUCCUACUCAGCUCCAGCACCAAGGACUGUGUGCCAGGGAGGGUGCAGUAACGUCCAGGCGAUAGAACCUCACAAAGGUGUGAGGGGAAGCCCAACUAGCCGCUGCACAAAUCUCCAAGACGGAGAUGCCUCUGAACAGUGCCCAUGAUGUGGCAAUUCCUCUAGUGGAAUGUGCCCGGACACCCAGGGGAGACAACUGCACACCUUGGUGAUAGCCUCCACUACCCAAUGGGAGAGGUGUUGUUUGGGCAAAGCCCUACCCCGAGCAGGGUUGGUGAAGCAAACAAACAGUUGGUCACAACUCCGGAAUGACCUAGUCCUGUCUAUGUAGAUGUGCAGUGCGUGCACCGGACACAACAUGUUAAGGCACCGCUGCUCUGGAGAAGAGAACGGUGGACGGUGGAAGGGGAAGAGGUCAGUGGCUUGACUCAUGGAAAUGACCUUAGGAAUGAACGCGGCGUUCAUUCCUAACCUUGGAGUAGUUAGGGGCAAAUUGAGUGCAUAAAGGAUGAACCGGGAGCGCAUGAAGGUCGCUAACGCGCUUGGCCGUGGCGAGCAACAGGGCCGUCUCAUAAGAGAGUCUUAAGAUCCACUGUCUCCAGGGGUUCAGAGUGAUUGCCUGUAAGUGCAUCCAGAACAAUGCAAGUGGCUUGGAGACCAGAUGGAGACAGCGCGCUCCCUUCAUAAAACAAUGAACCAGGGAGUGAGCCCCGAUCGUCAUCUCACCUAGUCCUAAAUGACAGGCUGAGAUCGCCGCCAAGUAGAUCUGAAUGGUGGAAAAUGCCUUGCCCUUGUCAAACAAUUCCUGUAGGAAGGAGAGAACGGCAGGGAUGGAACACUGAAAGGAGACCAACUCUCGUCUCUAACCCAACCUCUCGAAUACCCUCCACUUCAGGUCGUAAAGAUCUCUUGUAGAAGGGGCUGUGGCGCUCUAAAUUGUGGCAACCACGUUCGGAGGCAAGCCCGCCAAGGCUAAGUUGGACCUCUCACGGGCCAGCCCAGAGAUCCAUCAGCUCAGGAUGAGGGUGGAAUAUUUCACUCUGCUCUUGGGAUAGCAGAUCCCUGCGCUGUGGGAGGCGCCAUGGUUGCGCGUACAGGAGAGGUACAAUCUCCACCAGCCAUGGCUUCCCGGGUAAUGCGGAGCUAUCACAAUGAGGGAUAGACCAUUUUCUGUACGAAAACGUUGAUAUGGGCUGUACUCAUAGAGUCUGACCAUACGCCGUUCACCAUAUGCCCUUCGUGGACUGCCCCCAUCCCUGUAGUGAUGCAUCCGUUGUCACUACUUUGCGCAUGACGACUCUCCCAGUAGGGCAGCCCUGCGUCAAGAGGGAUGGGUCUUUCCAGCAUUGAAGUGCCGAUAGACACUUUGCAGAGAGAAGCACGUGCCUGUGCUGGUGGAGAGACGGGUCCAAGCGGAGUGGAGUGAGGUCACCCAAUGCUGGAAGUCUCUCAUGAGGAGGAGACCAAGCAGAACUGCCACAAUCAUGGAGGCCAUGAGCCCAAGAAGCCUCAGACACAUCCAUUACGUGACUGAUGUUGCUGGGCAAAACACUGAGAGGCAGUGGCGAAAAGAUGUCUCUUGUCUCCAUGGUGAGGGCUGCUCAACAGGCUACAGAGUCCAGAGACAAUCCCAAAAAUACUUUCUGCUGGGUUGGUAAGAGCGAGCUUUUGGCACGAUUUAUCCUGAAGUCUAGAGCGAGCAGGUAUACAACAGCGGGCUGUGUGCUCCGCUGCCCGAGCCCAAGUGUCCGCGUAGAUCAACCAGUCAGAUCAAUCAGUCGUCGAUGGUACGUCAGGACUCUUAAGCCGCUCUCCCGUAGGGGGGCUAGGGCGGCUUCGACACACUUCGUGAAUGUCCGUGGGGCAAGGGACAGACCGAAUGGUAAGGUGAGAUAUUCGUAGGCUAUGCCCUCGAAGGGCCGAUCGAAGGCGAAACUUAGAAAUCUCCUGUGUGCAGGACAAGCAUCCUUGAGGUCUACUGUGGUGAACCACUCGCGAUACGUUAUCAUUCAAAAUUUGUAGACUUUCAGAUGCUUGUUGAGGUGCUGUAAAUCCAGGAUCUCCUUUUUUGGGGGGGACCAAGAAAUAACGUCUGAAUAAGCCCUGGUGAGCUUCCUCCCUCAGCACCACGCAUACGGCUCCCUUGGCCAACAGAGACUGUAUCUCGUCUCUGAGGACUCGGGAUGCUUCCUCCUGUGCAGUGGACUUCACUAUUCCCAUGAAACGCGGGGGGACCCCUGCGAAUUGUAGUCUGUACCCCUGGUCUACGGUGCGUAGGACCCAAGGGGAGACUGCACAUGCAUGCCAUUGCUCUCUGUGAGGAGCAAGGGAACCCACCUGUCCACUGGGGGUCCGGGGAGCCCUGUGGCAGUCACCCCACUGGGGCAACUCUGCAUGUGGCAACCUGUCCCGUGGAAGGGACGUGGGCCCUGCCAGGCCUGGUGGCUGGACAAGGACGCCCUUGAGAGGUUGAUUGUUUUGCAUGGGAACAUUCUGAACCAUCACCCUCGGCCCGUGGGCCUGGAUGUGAUGGGAACUCUUUAUUUGAGAACUAUACUUGGGGAAGAGUAGUGUUGACCCGCCCCAAUGGGUCAACAGUUUUUACCCCGUAGUUACAGUCUUGUGCCAUUGCUGCAACUCCCGUACGGACUCAGGAGAGGCAAAGGUCGAGAGCCAUGCGUCCUCCGAAGCACGACCCUGCCAAGCCGCACUGCUUCUUGACACACUGCUCGCUUAACCCAGAAGCCAGCCGCACCAAUGUGUUCGGAGGAAACACCGUAGACCUGGCGACCGAAGUCAGCGUGCAUGCGCCCAGCCCGCCACAAGGAGUCGCUAGAGCGCGAUGGGACAAGGAUAUCCCGGCCAGCCAAACCCUCCCUAACCUGGACGACGCUAGGCCAAUUGUGUGCCACCUCAUGGGAACGAACUGUAGUGACGCCUCUAGCACUGCGAUGCAGUGUCUUAGACCACUGCGCCACUCGGGAGGCCAGAAUUUCCCUCCGUUUUAUGUGGUUAAAAACAACUGCUUAUGUCAUAGUUAAUUAUCAGCAAUAACAUGAUUGCUAAUCAGUCAAUGAUAUAGUGACAGUUAUAACAAAUGACAUGAUGAAUGGGAUCAUGACCUGUAUCUUGUAUGGUUAUAUAUCUGUUUUUAUAUGAUUAACAAAGUCUCUGUCUUAUGGGUAUCGUCUCUCUUAUAUAGGAGCAGUAUAUUUAUUCAAUAUACCUCUUUCAUAUGAUCCCCUACCUCAAUAUCUAAGUGUUUUCUUUGACAGGUCAUGGCAGAGAUAUGUGAGAGUGGCUACAAGGACGCCCUUCGCUUUCUUGAGGAGAACCGUGAGUAUUACUAUGUUGCCUUUGACAGUAAUAGUGGGCUGUGCUAAGAUCAUAAGCUACUGUGACAUAAAUGCAGUGAGCAUCAAUAAUGUCAAUUGUAUAGGGUUCAACAGGAAGUAUGGAAUAAACCAGUACUUAUUUCCAUUUACAUUAUGGUAAACCAACACUUAUUUAUGGUGUAAUAUUUGUAUAGACGGGUUGGCUGACAACAUCACGAAAAUGCACGCACAUCCAUGGUGUGGGAAGCCGUGCUUUAUUAUGAUUCUGAGCGAAUCGUAGGUGGCUCGUUUCAGCUCGUUUUAUCUUGAUACCAUGUCUUGUUUUGAGGUGUUUUGACUGAUUUCAUGUCAAUGCAAAUAUGGCUAGCUAGCUAACCAACAACUAUAACAAUGUAUUUGAGAGACAACAAAUGCUCAUUGUACAAAUGUAUUUAUGGUUUCAAUAAACAUUGAGACAAAAUAUAGUUUACAUGUUGUCAACAAUCUAAGCCAACCCUGUCUGUUUUGCCCCAUAGUUGCCACGCGUCGGUUUUGUUGCUAAACAACCAACCCGUCUAUGCUGUAUUACAAAGAAUAUUAAUGUAUUGUUUAUGAUGUCAGAUCUGCUGAAGCUGGAGUGUCCGACAGCCGGCCCCAACCCAUCAGAAGCCACCUGCUGCUGCAAACCCAUCGCCAUGGAAACCACUAAGAACUGGAUGUUCUGGCGAGUCAGCCUCCUGAGAAAGCAACACUGGUGGUUGGAUGAGCAGACUGUUGACAACCUGCCUACCGAAAUCAAGAAAGGUAGAUAGGAGGUCAACCUAGACCAGGGAUGGGCAACUGGUGUCCCGCGCCCCUUUUGUAGGCCUGCGAAUCAAUUUCCUAUUUUUUUUGUGUAUAUACAGUACCAGUCAAAAGUUUGGACACACCUACUCAUUCAAGGGUUUUUCUUUAUUUUUUACUGUUUUCUACAUUGUAGAAUAAUAGUGAAGACAUCAAACACAUGUAGUAACCAAAGAAAAGUGUUAAACAAAUCAAACUAUAUUUUAUAUUUGAGAUUCUUCAAAGUAGCCACCCUUUGCAUUGAUGACAGUCAGUUGGUAGAGCAUGGCGCUUGCAACGCUAGGGUUGUGGGUUCGUUUCCCAUGGGGGGCCAGUAUGAAAAUGUAUGCAAUCACUAACUGUAAGUCGCUCUGGAUAAGAGCGUCUGCUAAAUGACAAAAAAAUAAAAUACAAAUAAAAAGACAGCUUUGCACAGUCUUGGCAUUCUCUCAACCAGCUUCAUGAGGUAGUCACCUGGAAUGCAUUUCAAUUAACAGGUGUGCCUUGUUAAAAAAGUUAAUUUGUGGAAUUUCACAUCUCAACAUCAACUGUUCAGAGGAGACUGUGAAUCAGGCCUUCAUGGUCGAAUUGCUGCAAAGAAACCACUACUAAAGGACACUAAUAAGAAGAAGAGACUUUCUUGGGCCAAGAAACACGAGCAAUGGACAUUAGACCGGUGGAAAUUUGUUCUUUGGUCUGAUGAGUCCAAAUGUGAGAUUUUUGGUUCCAACCGCUGUGUCUUUGUGAGACGCAGAGUAGGUGAACUGUUGAUCUCUGCAUGUGUGGUUCCCACCAUGAAGCAUGGAGGAGGAGGUGUGAUGGUCUGGAGGUGCUAUGCUGGUGACACUGUCAGUGAUUUAUUUCGAAUUCAAGGCACACUUAACCAACAUGGCUACCACAGCAUUCUGCAACAAUACACCAUCCCAAUCUGGUUUGCACUUAUUGGGACUAUCAUUUGUUUUUCAACAGGACAAUGACCCAAAACACACCUCCAGGCUGUGUAAGGGCUAUUUGACCAAUGAGAGUGAUGGAGUGCUGCAUCAGAUGACCUGGCCUCCACAAUCACCUGAUCUCAACCCAAUUGAGAUGGUUUGGGAUGAGUUGGACCAGCAGAGUGAAGGAAAAGCAGCCAACAAGUGCUCAGCAUAUGUGGGAACUCCUUCAAGACUGUUGAAAAAGCAUUCCUCAUGAAGCUGGUUGAGAGAAUGCCAAGAGUGGUGUGCAAAGCUGUCAUCAAGGCAAAGGGUGGCUACUUUGAAGAAUAUCAAAAAUAUUUUGAUUUUUUAAACACUGUUAUAUGAUAUAUGUUGAUUUCAAGUUUUAAGUCGUACUAUAUUCACAAUGUAGAAAAGUUAAAAAUAUAGAAAACCUUGAUGAGUAGUGUGUCCAAACUUUGACUGGUACUCUGUGUGUGUGUGUGUGUUGUGUGUGUGUGUGUGGGUGUGGGGGUGUGUGUGUGUGGGUGUGGGGAUAUGUGUUAUUUAUUUAUUUAUAUAUUUAUAUAUUAUAUGUAUUGUUUGAUGUCCGUUCCACUGCAAAAUAUACUUCUCUGGUUUUACUAUUUAUAGUAUGUUUUGGGUGAGAAAUUACAUUUUGUAUCAUAACUACUGACAACAUUUCUCCCAAAUUCCAAAUAAAAAUAUUGUCAACUAGAGCAUUUAUUUUGCAGAAAAUGACACUGGUCAAAAUAACAAAAAAUAUGCGGUGUUGUCAGACCUCGAAUAAUGCAAAGAAAAUAAGUUCAUGUUCAUUUUUAAACAACACAAUACUAAAUGUUUUAACUUAGGAAGAGUUCAGAAAUCAAUAUUUGGUGGAAUAACCCUGAUUUCAAUCACAGCUUUCAUGCGUCUUGGCAUGCUCUCCACCAGCCUUUCACAUUGAUGUUGGGUGACUUUGUUUGAUGGCUUGUGACCAUCCAGCUUCCUCUUGAUCACAUUCCAGAAAUGUUCAAUGGGGUUCAGGUCUGGAGAUUGGGCUGGCCAUGACAGGGUCUUGAUCUGGUGGUCCUCCAUCCACACCUUGAUUGACCUGGCUGUGUGGCAUGGCACAUUGUCCUGCUGGAAAAACCAAUCCUCAGAGUUGGGGAACAAUUUCAGAGCAAAAGGAAGCAAGUUUUCUUCCAGGACAACCUUGUACGUGGCUUGAUUCAUGCAUCCUUCACAUAGACAAAUCUGCCCGAUUCCAGUCUUGCUGAAGCACCCCCAGAUCAUCACCGAUCCUCCACCAAAUUUCACAGUGGGUGCGAGACACUGUGGCAUGUAGGCCUCUCCAGGUCUCCGUCUAACCAUUAGACGACCAGGUGUUGGGCAAAGCUGAAAAUUGGACUCAUCAGAGAAGAUGACCUUACUCCAGUCCUCUACUGUCCAAUCCUUAUCUCAUUGAUGAAGGGCUUUUUUCUAGCUUUGCACGACUUCAGCCCUGCCCCUAGGAGCCUGUUUCGAACCGUCCUCGCCGUGCACUUCACCCCAACUGCCGUUUGCCAUUCUUUUUGUAGGUCACUUGAUGUCAUCCUACGACUGUUGAGUGACAUUCGAAUGAGUUGGCGGUCAUCCCGGUCUACACAAGAGUCGUUUUCGGCCUCUGCCGGUCUGUAGCUUUGUUGUCCCCAAUGUCUGCUGCUUGACCUUGUUCUUAUGAACCACCGUCUUUGAAAUGUUAAGGAUGGAAGCAACCUGACGCUCACUGUAUCCCUCUGCUAGUAAAGCCAGAAUUGAACCCUUCUUUUCCUCACUCAAAACUUUCCUUUUCAACUCUUUUGGCAUGGUCAAUAGUUAUUUUUUGAUUAAUAUUACUUUUGAGGUACUAUUAGCACUGUUUUUGCCAUCCAGCUGGUCCUAUUGCAAGAGGAUAGUGAUGACCACAGCAGUGGUUUUUAUACUUUUCCUCGUUAAAUAAGAUUUGUUUCAGGUAAUCACCUAAUCAGUACCUAAUUCAGUAGAAUGAGGUGUGCCUGUGUUGGAAUUCAACAGACACUGGAAUGGAAUGGCUGUCAUACAUGUAGAGAUGCUGAUUUAAGAAAAAUGUGCAGUGGUCUCUUAAGAGCUGUAUAUAUAUAUAUAUAUAUAUAUAUAUAUAUAUAUAUAUAUAUAUAUAUAUAUAUAUAUAUAUAUACACACACAAGUCGGGGUCUCGACUUACUCUCAAGAGUUAGUAUAGUAGAAUACAAAAGGUGCAUUUUCAAAAUGUGGUUGUGCAUCAGCAGUUUUUCUCUUAUGUCAGUCACUAACCAGGUUUCUAUCCAACCAUUUCAUGCGGAUGAAUUACCUGACACGUGAAAAAAAAAGUCACGACAAGGCUGAUGGAAACAUGAAAUGCCGGUACAAUUUUAUAAAUGCCGACAUGGUGGGAUCUUUUUGUGUCUGUAAAAUUAAUUAUGCGAGAAAUGGUGGUGGAAACGUCUUAAUGCGCAAAUAUGUAUAUAUUAACCAUCAUAUUGAAGUAAACUUGGAGUCACGCAAUGAUACUGUAUGUUGUGUGGUCCUCCCACUAUGACUCGGGAGGCAGGCAGUUUAUUAGGCUGCAGAUGAAAUAAAUUAUGAUUAACUUCACAGCGUGGUGAAUGUGCAAGGUGAAUGAGCUUGAUACUCCUUUCCAAUAAAGGGUCUUAUUCUGGUGACAGGAUGAUCGAUGCUUGGCUGUCGUUUGACAAAUACAAAUAAUAUCGCUCAUCAAUAAUAAUCUUGUAAUGUAGGUAGCCUACCCGCACUGUAUCUGUGAGCUGUUGGCUGAAGCGCAUGUGCCAAGACCAGAGUGGGCACAUUGGCUAUAUAACGCAACAGUUCAUGUAACAAAACCAUCAGUAGAGUUGAAAAUGUGAUGUAAACCCAUUUAAUUUACAUGUACAUUUUAGUCAUUUAGCAGACGCUCUUAUCCAGAGCGACUUACAGUUAAGUGAGUGCAUACAUUUUCAUACUGGCCCCCCGUGGGAAUCGAACCCACAACCCUGGCGUUGCAAACGCCAUGCUCUACCAACUGAGCUACAUCCCUGCUGGCCAUUCCCUCCCCUACCCUGGACGACGCUAGCUAAUUGUGCGCCGCCCCAUGGGUCUCCCGGUCGCAGCCGGCUACGACAGAGAACUUGUCAUCACCACCAGCCUUUGUCAUCACCACCAGCCUUUUAUCCGCAAAAAGUCCGUUUGAUGCGCAUAUUGUUUUAUGCAGAUUUUAGAAUAUUCACACCAAAUCUGUCGCAAAUUUGAUGGAAACUUAACUACUGACAAUCACUCAAUUAGCCCAUGUCAGCAAUGUUUUGGGGGAUUGGUACAUUUUAGUCAUUUAGCAGACGCUCUUAUCCAGAGCGACUUACAGGAGCAAUUAGGGUUAAGUGCCUUGCUUAAGGGCACAUCGACAGAUUUUUCACCUAGUCGGCUCGGGGAUUAGAACCAGCGACCUUUCGGUUACUGGCACAAUGCUCUUACCCACUAAACUACCUGCCGCCCCAGUUUAGCCAUUUAUCUAAAAUUGCAGUAAUCGUGAUCAUGAUCGAAUUACCAAUCGGGGACCCCCAUUGAUUUUGUUAGUCUCUCAGAUAUCAUAUUAAAAACGGCAAAAUGUUCUCUACGCCCCAUGGCAAAAUGUAUAGAAUUACAGGAAAUUAACCUUUAAACUGCAAAAAAAAUUAUCCACUUUCAAGAUGGGGGCUGCUUUAAUGUUUUGCUUGCAAGGUGUGGGGCCCCCCCAACAAAAUGUCACACCCCAAAAGGCUAGGGCCGGCUCUGACUGCAUGUGUGGGUGUGGACGUGUGUAUGCAGACCUGCGAGACACUGCGGCCCAUCAUGAUGAGUUCAGAUUUUUUGUGGGCCCCACCCCCAUCAAAGUUGCCCAUCCCUGACCUAGACUUUCCAAUAUUUUCUGCUCGAAGCUGUUGUUAUCUAAUUAUAACAUUGUGUUGUCACUGUGCUCUUGUCAGUGACGUGUGGUUGUUGUGUGUAUCUGAAAGUCCUCUGAGGCUGUGCGAAGUGUAACAUAUUGUGUGUCUAUGACUGUAGUGUUCUGUGAGGCGUGCCAGCAGAAGCCUGGUCUGUAUGCUAAGGUGUCCGAGAUGCUGCCGGUCAGAGUGGCCUCCUACAUGCUCCUGCCCUGCACACUACCUGUGGUGUCAGCCUACUCAGUGGGCAAGAGGUAAGACUACAUCCUACACCACUAGUGCUACCUACCACAAAGAAGCCCUCAAUGAACUCAAUGUGGCCACAGUAGCUCAAACAGCAACAAAUGUAAAUGAUGACAACAGUAAUGCAAACAAAUCAGCUUCUAAAAAGCCCUGAACUAGCCUUAAGCAUAACUAUCCUUUAGCAUACAGUAGCCAAUACCUUCAAACUAGCCCUGACAGAAACCACUGACAACAAAGUAGUCAUUAGCCCACCACAGCAACCAAAUAACACUGUGAAUGCAAACGAACUAGGAAUGCAAACAGGUUUGGAUUAGUAAAGAAUAGUGCUGGAGGGAAUAGCCGCCAUUUUACAGGCUCCUGACCAAUUGUGCUAUUUUGUGUACUUGUUGCACUGAACGCUACUUUUUUGGUACAUCAUGUUUCCGCCAUUGUUUCCUAUGACAGAAAAUAGCUUUUGACAUCAGAACUGCUAUCACUAACCUCGAUUUGGACGAGUACUUCUACUUCAAUGAGUCGGAGGCGAAAGACAUAUUGAUUAUCCCGGACCAGGUCCAAAUCCCCGACACUCGAUGAAGGACAAUACGGCGCUAUAGAGGCCGGCAUGCGGGAUACCUGACGAGACUACGUCGGAGAGUGGAUAAAUCGCCUCUACCCUCCGUUCUAUUGGCGAACAUGCUAUCACUGGAAAAUAAACUGAAUGAGCUCCAUUCGAGACUAUCCUAUCAACGUGAUCUGAAGAACUGUAAUAUCCUAUAUUUCUCAGAGUUGUGGCCAAACAAGGACAUGGUAAAUAUAAAUUUAGCUGGACAGAACGGUGGCGUCGGAGAAGCUCAGGGGAGGGGAUUUGUGUCUCUUUGUUAACAACAGCUGGUGCGCGAUCUCUAAUAUUAAGAAAGUCUCGUGGUUCUGCUCGCCAGAGUUAGAAUACCUCAUGAUAAACUGUAGACCAUACUAUUUACCGAUGCUUGCACUAAGACUGCACUCAACGAGCUGUAUAGGGCCAUAAGCAAACGAAUGAAAAUGCUCACUAAGAGGCGGCGCCUAGUGUCCGGUGACGUUAAUGCAGGAAAACUGAAAUACGUUUUACCUCAUUUCUACCAGCAUGUCAACUGUGCAACUAGAGGCCAAAAAACUCUAGAUCACCUUUACUCCACACACAAAGAUGCAUACAAAGUUCUCCCUUUUCUCCAUUUGGCAAAUCUGACCAUAACUCUAUCCUCCAAAUCUGACCAUAACUCUAUCCAUCCGACGAAGCGGAUGCUAGCUACAGGACUGUUUCGCUAGCACAGACUGGAAUAUGUUCCGGGAUUCAUCCGAUGGCAUUGAGGAGUUUACCACAUCAGUCACCAGCUUCAUUAAUAAGUGUAUCGACAAUGCCGUCCCCACAGUGACCGUACGUACGUACAUACGUACCCCAUAUCCCAACCAGAAGCCAUGGAUAAUAGGCAACAUCUGCACUGAUCUAAAGGCUAGAGCUGCCACUUUCAAGGAGCAGGACACUAAUCUGGACGAUUAUAAGAAAUCCCCCUACGCCCUCCGACAAACCAUCAAACAGGCAAAGUGUCAAUACAGGACCAAAAUCGAAUCCUACUACACCGGCUCUGACACUCGUUGGAUGUGGCAGGGCUUGCAAACUAUCACGGAUUACAAAGGGAAACCCAGCCGCAAGCUGUCCAGUGACGCGAGCCUAUCAGACAAGCUAAAUACCUUCUAUGCUCGCUUCGAGACUAGCAACACUGAACCAUGCAUGAGAGUACCAGCUGUUCCGGACUAAUGUGUGACCACGCUCUCCGUUGCCGAUGUGAGUAAGACCUUUAAACAGGUUAACUUUCACAAGGCCGCAAGGACAGACGGAUUAACAGGACACGUACUCAGAGCAUGUGCUGACCAGCUGGCAAGUGUCAUUUUCAACCUCUCCCUGACCCAGUCUGUAAUGCCUACAACACGUGCAUGCUUAGUCCCCUCCUGUACUCUCUGUUCAUCCACGACUGGCAGCGCACGACUUCAACACCAUCAUUACGUUUGCAGGCCUACCACCGUCGUUUGCUGACGAUACGACGGUGGUAGGCCUGAUCACUGAUGACGAUUAGACAACCUAUAAGGAUUAGGUCAGAGAUCUGGCAGUGUGGUGCCAGGACAACAACCUCUCCCUCAACGUCGAAAAGACAAAUACGCUGAUCGUGGACUACAGGAAAUGGAGGGCCGAGCACGCCCCCGAGCACGCCCCCAUCGACAUCAACAGGGCUGUAGUGGAGCAGGUCAAGAGCUAAGGAUCACUAAGGAAUUAUCAUGGUCCACAUCACACCAACACAGUCAUGAAGAAGACACAACAAUGCCUCUUCCCCCUCAGAAGGCUGAAAAGAUUUGUCUUGGGCCCUCAGAUCCUUAUAAAGUACAAAGGGUAGUGCGUACGGCCCAGUACAUCAUUGGGGCCGAGCUCCCUGCCAUCCAGGACCUCUAUACCAGGCGGUGUCAGAGGAAGGUCUCCAGCCACCGAAGUCAUAGACCAUUCUCUCUGCACCUGCAUGGCAAGCGGUACCGAUGCACCAAGUCUGGAACCAACAGCACCCUGAACAGCUUCUACCCCUAAACUAUAAGACUACUAAAUAGUUAGUUAAAAUAGUUAACCAAUAGCUACCUGGAAUAUCUGCAUUGACCCAUUUUGCACUAAUCUCUUUUGACUCAUCACAAUGACUCUCUGUGUUGUCCCUCUCCUGUGCUCCAGGUUUGUGGAGUGGAUCCCAGAGCUGCCUGCAGACAUAAGUUGGCUAGCUGGGGUGGCUGGGGAUGUGGCUGGUAGCAUGUACAGACAGGUCUGGAGAGGAGCACCAGCAGACAUAACCAGGUGAGAGACAUUGAAUUAUUACUACUAGGUUAUAUUAUGGAUGGAUGGAGUCUACUUGUAGAUUUGUAUGUCUGUCAUACAGUAUAAAUAAAGUCUAAUGGCCUUGUGUGUUUUUCUUUUUGCAGUGAUGGUUCCCUGAGGAAUUGCAUGAGCCUGCCCCCACCCCUGGAUAGUGACAGACACAGGGAGAGAAACGGUCACCUCGCCGGGUUCGCUCUCUCUGCUCUCAACUUCCAAAGCCACUACUGGAACAUCCUCAGCCCCCACACGCCCAGCCCCUCCCCAGGACAGAUCUGCUUCAGUGUUCAUUUUGGCACACUUUUUUAGAUUUAUUCUAGUCUUAGUCAUUUUGACUAAAGUAUCAUUAAGUCACAUUUUUGUGAUUUGAAUAAUGAUUUAGUCAUUGAUAAAAUGACAAAAACAGUGAGCCAUUUUAGCCAACUAAAUGCCCUUUCCUUUUAGUCAUAUUUUAGUCACAUCACAUUUAUAUUACCUCAUUAGCCACGAUUCCAUCCACAGUUUUUAUGGGAGUAAAGUCAUAUCAAAGAUUUUUAUAACUAUCCCAAGAUAGACCAUAACUACUGAGAUGGUAGGCUAUUCAGUAAAUACAUUGUUUCAUCUCACAUGUCCAAGCAGGAAUGCAUGAUUCCAGAUACAAUAUUUUGAUGUGGAACCUAAUCCAGUGAUUGUCAUGAAUUGAAUUGACAAUAGGGUUUUGUUGUUAUAAUUUUACUGUUAAAAUAGGGCUCCUGAAUUUUAUGAAUUUUUUUCAAUAGAGCUGAAUUUGCUUAAUUCUGUAUGUGCACUAAUAUCAUAGGCUAAUUUAUUUGGGGGCUUAUACACCACGAGGAAGUGAAAACUCAAAACACAUUAGCCAGAUCGCUAACACUAAAUAUAAUACCCACUGCUAGUAACGUUAGUCAUGUAUUAAUCUACAAGUAAAUGUAAUGUCCUACAUUUUUUUUGCUGUUGUAGCCCUGCUACCGUAUGCACUCGCAAUGGAUCAAUGCACAAUUGCGCAUUUCGCGGGCUUCGUAUCUUAAAGCCAUAUUAAAUAUCUUCUUUGUAAAAUAGUUGCUAUCGAGCUCAAUAUUAAGAGAUGACCAAAAUAAAGUAUACCCACAGAAAUCUGAGAACAAUAGUUGCUUCUAAAGCUGUGUAUCCCACAAUUUGAUUUUUAAAUGUUAUAUUGAAAUGUUAUACAAUCAAGAAGCCUUUUUUCUCUCUCCCGGAGUGCACAUCAAGUGGCUUGCUCAUCACAGCAGCAGGCCCCAGCGGAACAGGCCCAGGGGCUGGGCAAAUACUUUCAUUACAGGAAUCAUGAGGAUAAUAAUGCACUUUACUGUUUGACCAAAUCAUGGUUUUAGCCACCCCAAAAAUAGGACGUUUUGAAACUUUUGAGUGAGGUGACCAUGUAAUGAAUGUUCAGCUCGCACGCGACCAAUUACAAAUUUAACUCACACAGCCAAAUCAAAGGGUUGCAAAAUGCCUUUAAAUGGUUGCAGGUUGGAGCCCUGCCCCUUGACAUACUGUUGCUAUAUUGUAAUCAAAGUUGUGUCAUAAGUAGUGGUCUGAUACUGUAGGUUGCAGCAAACUACAAGCUAGCAUUAUCAAUCGGUUAUUAGCCUAUCUGAGCCUCAGAGGAGACUGGUGGGAGGAGCUAUAGGAGGACGGGCUCAUUGUAAUGGCUGGAAUGGAAUAAAUGGAAAAUAUCAAACAUAUGGAAACCACAUGUACCAGCUCAAGUUACCUCCCACUGGGCCUGUUUAUAGUGUAUAGGAACUGAAAGGUGGUUUAAGAUGGGCAAAAGAUGGUCAUGUGAUCGAAUAGCUUUGGGAUCCAGAACUGUUGCUAUAGACACGCUAAUGACUCAAUCAUGUAUUUUGAUCACUCCACCAAUCAUAUUUUAUUCUAUUGUACACAUUGGAAAACAAUGUACCAGCUCACCACCAAAGACCUCUGCAAAUGAAUUCCUUUUUGGGAAUUACACAUUUUAUAAAUCACUUUAUCUAGUUUUACCAGAUAACAUGUUGUCACAAUCUAUCAACCUACCUACCUACCUACCUACCUACCUACCUGUGUUCAGUCAAAUGUAGCUUUCAUUCCUCAUUCCAGACGGACUGUUGAUUUUAUUUGACAUUGACUUCUUGACUAUGAGCUGUGCUGUGUUAUUUUGUUUGUAUUAGACAGGACUGAACUAUGAACUACUGUGAUGAGCUGUGAGGUCAAUCAAUUUGAAAUCGCAAUAUUCUUGAAAGUUCCUUUCAGAACUUCUCUCAAUGUUGACCAUUGCUUUUGCACAAUAACUUUACGUGCAUAGGAUUCACAAUUUUAAUGGCAUAAUCAAAUGUCAAAUGUAAGUUAUCACACUGCCCCAUUUAUAGUAGGCUACAUACUGUAAUUAUAUUUGUAACGUGUGUAACACGGAAAACCUCUGCCUACCUGUGCCUAGGACGGCAGGUAUCCUAGUGGUUAAAGCGUUGGGCCAGCAAACGAAAAGUUGCUGGUUCAAAUACCUGAGCCGAGAAAGUGAAAAACCUGUUGAUGUGCCCUUGAGCAAAGCACUUAAUCCUAAUUUGCUCCAGGGGCGCCAUACUACUAUGGCUGACCCUGUAAAACAACACAUUUCACUGCACCUAUACGGUGUAUGUGACAAUAAAACAUUUUUUAAAUAUACUUUACUGUUGUUAUUUCACAUUAAGGCCCUUAUCUUAAUAACAUAAAACACAACAACGUUUUUUAUGAUGUGACCUUCUGUUUUUAAAUAUACUGUAACUGUUAAAAUCCUACUGAGGUGCCUCAUCAUUGGAAACUGUGCAUAAUAAGUAGGGGAGAGUGGGAUAAGUUGAGCGAAAGUGGUAAAUUAACCCUUGUUUCUAGGAAACCAUACACAAUAUUAAUUAUUUAACUAAAUAUUUCAGAAGACGCCAUCAUGUCAUGGAGUCUGAAGGAAGAAACCACAUGGAAAGAGUGAUAAGCAAGUUAAGUUAAAAAAGAUUUUCACCAAUUAAUUGGUGUUCGAGGUUUCAUGAUGCUUGUAUCUAAACCAAAGUACGUAGAUCAUUUUAAGAUUGUUCUAUACAUCAGUUGGGGACUCAAUAACCUUCAGUAUGAGAUCCUAAACCUAGCAUGAAAGUGCAUCCUUGUAGCUGUGUGGGCUAAUAUAGUCAAGAUGUUUGCCUUGGGGUAAGUUGAGCCAACGACCAUGGGGUAAGUUGAGCCAAGAGUUGAGCAAAUGACAAGUUGAGCAAAUGUAAGCAUUUUCUUCCCAGGCAUAAUGCAAGGCAUUAUCUCUGGGAUAUGAGGCAACAACAGGGCCUGGCCUACUGUAUGUUAAAAGUGUUUUAAAAAGUACAAAGUGUUUGUUAGGUGUUAAGGCUGUGUUAAAAUAUGAUUUAAAUGAUUUUUUUAAAGGUCUAUUGAUUGAAUUGAAUUGUGUUUGGGAAAUAAAGAUUGACAUGGUUGUGUUAAAAUAUGAUUUAAAUGAUUUUUUUAAAAGUCUAUUGAUUGAAUUGAAUUGUGUUUGGGAAAUAAAGAUUGACAUGGUUUUAAAAAGUGGUAAUAUUUAAUUCAGUACAGAAAUGUGUAGGUGGCUUAAUUUACCCAGGGUAGCCCAAAGUGUACUAAGUGUACUUCUACAUGCUAAAAAGACCCCACAGUUUACUAAGUGUAGCCUGAUUGUAAGACAUAAUUUGAGAUGUAUUCUACACACUUACAAUGUAUUGGUAGUAGCGAUUCAGAGGGCUAUUAGCAAAUAGUAUGAAGUACAGCAGAAGUUAAUUAAUAAUAUGUCACUACACUCUUAGAAAAAAGGGUUUCAAAAGGGUUCUUCAGCUGUCCCCAUAGGAGAACCCUUUUUGGUUCCAGGUAGAAACCUUUUUGGGUCCAGGUUUCUACCUAGAACCAAAAAGGGUUCUCCAAAGUGUUAUCCUAUGGGGACAGCCGAAUAACCCUUUUAGGUUCUAGAUAGCACCUUUAUUUCUGAGUGUAGCAUAAAAAUUGUAUUUGUCACAUGCGCCGAAUACAACUGGUGUAGACUUUACCAUGAAAUGCUUGCUUAUGAGCCCUUCCCAAUGAUGCCGAGCUCAAAAAUAAUAAUACAAAUAAAACUAAAAGUGCACUUGAAGUAUGGUAUACUCUUCCAGUAGGGAGGGACCUACCUGAAUUUGUCCAAUAGAAACUCUCGUUUUUGUUGCAAAAUGUUUACCGUUUGGAGUAAAUGGUUUCUGAUGCAAAACAGAACAACAGAAACGUUUUGCAACAGAAUCGGUGUAAUGAAUACACCCCAGUUGGUCCUGUCUCUCGGUGAAUCCCAAACUACCCUCUUUGUCAUGUGUUGCCGACGAAACACCAAGGCUGACUUCCAGAGAGUCUCGAGGGGAUCAAUAAACCCAUUAACUUCGGGACACACUCGUGACUUGAAUAAUGCAAUUCAUGUUCCACUUUUAAAUAAUAAAACAAGCAUGAAAUUCAAAUGAACAAAUACCCUCUGUCGUUUUACAAAAUAUAAAUCUCAGUAAUAGUUAAACAUUUAAUUUGGGAGGUAUUUCAUCUUUUACAUGUGUCAAGUUUCGAAAUGCACGAGUCAUAUAAUUUGGCACGCCGCGCCAUUCUUUAGUGUGAAAUUGCGCAAACUCAAAAAUAACUGGGUGUAUGGAAUUCCUCUUUGCCAUGAAGCCGGCAGCGUUGCUGGCUCAGUCGAAGUGCCUACCGGAGACUCCAAGUAUGGGUAACUGCAUACUUGGAGUGUCUGAAAGUGGGCGUUGCAAAAAAAAGUGGGUGGAUUAACAGAGAUGGGUGUAACAUCCAGUGGCGAUUUUAGCAUGUCAAUCUUGGUGGGGCAAACAAAACAAAAAAAUGUUUAGAUGCAUUCCAGCAAAGCAACUACACAACACAACACUAAACAAGCUUCUACCCCCAAGCCAUAAGACUCCUGAACAGCUAAUCAUGGCUACCCGGACUAUUUGCACUGCCCCCCCCCCCAGCCUCAUUUACUGCCUUUUUAAAAACAUAGCUGAUAUGGCUGACUUGCUUAAACAAAUGUGGUUUCUACUUACAAUUGAGAUGUACAAACUAUGGCAUAAGGGAACAAUGAGCCAAUAAGAGGCAAUCCGUAAUUUCGAUUAAGACAUUAAUGAGCGAGCUAGGACAGAUGUAGUCAAUAUAGCUAUUUGUUCAGCACUUUUGAAAUGUACAGCGACAGAAUUCAGAACAUGGGCCAUUCUUACAGUAUUCUCCUUGUACACCAAGUCAGAACUUCAGGAUAAAUAAAGGGGGCAUAUAAGCAGACAAUGAAAGCUCUUACAAUAUUCAAUGAUUACAUUUCUCUAAAACAGGCUAUAGGCUACAUGUGCAUCACCAAGUCAGAACAGUAAGUUACGAGAGGGAAAGGGACCAAAUUAUUAGGGUGAGGCACAUGGGCUACUAACAGCUUACUACACGACAUACACUUAGUAUUACUUUCUUAGCUACAGUAUACAUCUCCCUGGCAAAUUACAUAAUUUAUGCAGCAGCAUACAAUACAUUUUUGGACUCACCUUGUUGUGCUGUGCUCACUUGAACAGGAUGGUGGUGCGGCGGUCCUUCUUGUGGGCAAAAUUUGUCAUCAAACUUUGUCAUCAAAGUCUAGCAUUCUCUGGAUUUAUGGUGCUUUCAAGACAACUGGGAACUCUGAAAAAAACAAGGUUGAAUCAUGACGCCAGUGAUCUUCUAGAAAGAGGCCCGAGUUCCUGACUUGGAAUUCGGAGUUGGAUGACCGUUCAAAACUUAUUUUUCCAGUCGGAGCUCGUUUUUUUCAGAGUUCCCAGCUUUCUUGAGCUCACUGAAGUCUGAGAUUUCCCAGUUCCGAGUUUCCAGUUGUUUUGAACGCGGCAGAAGUCAUGCUUAAUUGACAGCAUGGCCAAUGUAUUCAACCUUUUCUGGCCCAUGGUGUUGAAUGUUUAUCCUUUUGAGCUUGGAAAAGAGACCAUUAAACCCAGACUUGGACCACACACCCUCUCCACUGAAUAGCAGGCUAGUGAUUGCUUUGCAAAGCUUGCAGUUAGCCACUCAUUCAUUCCUCAUUGUUGAAUUUGCAAUUUCCAACUUGUUGUGUAAUGUUUAUGUCCAAUGGCCGAUGAGCACGAUACGUUUUAUCUAUAAUUUAUCUUCAUAUGACAAGGAUUGAAAAAGAUUUGCCAGUAGAUUUUCGACUUGAUUCAUGAUGAUGACUGCUUGUCUAGCUUGCUAGCUAAGAUUUUGAUGAUGAAGUAUGAUGUUAACACGAUCAGUCCAAUCAAAGCUAUAGUAGAUAUAACGUGAUUUGACAUCAUUUUAUCUGUGGCCAAUAACCUUGAGCCUUCUUGGAUGGGCAACUCUAAUGUAAAUCUAUGGCAGAACCCAAGGGGCUUGAAUUUUUUAGCUCUCCCAGUAGAUUUUGCAAUGACGUAGUGUCCCCAUGAGUGACAGAACACUGAGCCAAUCACGGUGCAACUAGAGAACAUUACCAACCCCUACGCUCCGUAUUUUCCACUGGCUGCCCCACCACAGAAAGCACUGAGCUAGGCUGAAACACCUGCAUUUUCGAGCUGCCUUACUCAAAAAAGCAAAAAAGAGACCAUGUUUGUAUGCGGCUUUAUUAACUCAAAUAUUAUUAUUUUUUUUUACAUUGUUUGCAAACUGAUAUGUGACAUGUAUUAAUGCCAAAAUAACAUGCAAAACAGGCAACAAAUAAUAAUAAUACUUUUUUUUUGCUAAACAGGUGGGGCUCAAAACUCUGCCCCACCUGCCCUGAAUGACGGGUCGCCACUGGUAACAUCAGUGGGUGGAUCAACAGCGAUGGGUGUAACAUCAGCGCUCCAUUAUUGGUUAGACCGGCCAUAGUCCGGUGCACCGCAGGUCAUCUUAAGGUUUACAUAGCAGGUUAAAAGAACUAACGUAGCAGUUUAGGAUAAUUAACGUAGCAGGUUAGGAUAAUUAACGUGGCAGGUUAGGAAAAUGAGGUUAAGGUUAGGAAAAGGGUUUGCUAAAAUGCUACAGUUGUCAACAAUUGACUCGUUGUGCAGCCCAAUCAGCCAUGCAAAACAUCUUGAGUGGCAACAAAUCUGCCCUGUUAGCUGAUUCCCUUUCCCUACACCCACUUCUGCUGAUCUUCCCACUUCUGUUGACACGCACACUUUCAGACACACUCCAUGUAUGCAGUUACCCAUGACUCAAAUGUGAGGGGAAAUUAUCGAGGAUGUAGGGGCUAAAGAGCCCCUCCGGUGAGUCAAGGGUAACUGCAUACAUGGAGUGUGUCUGAAAGUGGGCGUUCCAAAAGAAGUGGGUGGAUCAACAGCAAUGGGUGUAACAUCAGUGGGUGGAUCAUUCAACAGCGAUGGGUGUAACAUCAGCGCUCCAUUAUUGGUUAGACCGGCCAUAGUCAGGUGCACUGCGGGCCAGCUUAAUAUUUACAUAGCAGGUUAAGAUAACUAAUGUAGCAGGUUAGGAUAAUUAACGUAGCAGGUUAGGAUAAUUAACGUAGCAGGUUAGGAGAAUGAAUGUAGCAGGUUAGGAUAAUUAACGUAGCAGGUUAGGAUAAUUAAUGUGGCAGGUUAGGAUAAUUAAUGUGGCAGGUUAGGAGAAUGAGAUUAAGGUUAGGAAAAGGGUUAGGGUUAGCUAAAAUGCUACAGUUGUUAACAAUCGACUCGAUUAGCUGAUUAGCUUUCAGUACACCCACUUCUGUUGAUCCUCCCUCCUUCUGUCGACAUGCCCACUUUCCGACACACUCCAUGUAUGCAGUUACCCAUGAAUCACCGGAGGGGCUCAUUAGCCCCUGCCUACACCCUCGAUAAUUUUCACUCCCUCAGUUUUGGGAAACUUGUGCAAAUGGCGAGGUGAAGGGGGUGAUUUGGGAUACAGCCUAUGUUCAUUCCAUAGAGAUAGAUAGAGGACUCUGGUGCCCGAAAGCCUGUUUCAGCGCCAUUGAAGACUUUCACCAUUUGAAGUACUGGGUGGGAUUGCCUAUGGGUUAAGGAAUGAUCACAUAAUUCCAUCCAGGUCACCAGGAGGGAUCAGCCAAUUAAUUAUAUUUAAGGAAACAUUCCAUAACUGCAGGUGGCAGUAAAUCCCCAACAUUGGCUUUAUACCUGUUCAAACAACACACUCUAGGUGGCAGUGUGCACCCUUUCAGUUUGUUUGCCAGUUUAUAGAAGUAGUAGAAGAAGAUAUAUUUUUAGUAUUACAUUUUUUAAUUCCGAUGUUUCAGGGUGGUGCUGUAGCACCCCUACUUCCCGUGACUAUGUACCUCAGUGAAUCAAACACAAACGUUAUGAAUGGCUAGGAUGAACAUUUCAGUAGCAUUUUCUCUUUGCACUCCAGUCCUCAAGAAUCCCACCGCAGUAUUGGAAGAGCUUGUACUAUAAACUUAUCAAUGAGGUUGGUAGCCUUAUGGCUAUGGCUAGAUAAUAUUUGCUAUGGCUCAGUAUCAGAUCAAAUGCCUGUCUGAAUGGUUUACAUGCUUUACAGUUGGUUUAACGAAAUUUCAAAGUUAUCGUUAUGUGCAUGCAGUUGUAUUCAAUUGGAUUUUAUGGUCAUGUCGUUCUUAUUAUCUGGCUAGCCUACCUUGAUCUGCCCUUGCUUUUCGGAUCUAGGUGUACGAUGCAGGGGACGUGUUCGGCAUCAUUGCAGGUACAACAGAACGAUAAAGAAGGAGAUCAAGAGAGAAAGCCAAUCCUGGUGUAGAGAUGUAAAUAAAAGUGAUUGUGACAAGGGGGACUGGCUUGCAAGCCUUUGAGCCCACCAGGUGAGGACGCUGUAGUCAUGAUAAAUAACCACCUGUUGGAUCUCAUACAAGUCACCAACACACGUGACCUACCCCCCUCACUUCUUCAUAGAGAGAUAUGCAGUUGAGCAUUUCAAAAGCACAGAAUAUGUUUUUAUAAGUAGGCCUAGGUGUAAAGUGGGUACACUUUUGUACACUUACAAAUGUUCUUACACAUCCAAGAGACAUACAGUGAGGGAAAAAAAUGAUUUGAUCCCCUGCUGAUUUUGUACGUUUGCCAACUGACAAAGAAAUGAUCAGUCUAUAAUUUUAAUGGUAGGUUUAUUUGAACAGUGAGAGACAGAAUAACAAACCAAAAAUCCAGAAAAACGCAUGUCAAAAAUGUUAGAAAUUGAUUUGCAUGUUAAUGAGGGAAAUAAGUAUUUGUAUUUGACCCCUCUGCAAAACAUGACUUAGUACUUGGUGGCAAAACCCUUGUUGGCAAUCACAGAGGUCAGACUUUUCUUGUAGUUGGCCACCAGGUUUGCACACAUCUCAGGAGGGAUUUUGUCCCACUCCUCUUUGCAGAUCUGGCUAGGCCACUCCAGGACCUUAAUGUGCUUCUUCUUGAGCCACUCCUUUGUUGCCUUCGCCGUGUGUUUUGGGUCAUUGUCAUGCUGGAAUACCCAUCCACGACGCAUUUUCAAUGCCCUGGCUGAGGGAAGGAGGUUCUCACCCAAGAUUUGACGGUACAUGGCUCCGUCCAUCGUCCCUUUGAUGCGGUGAAGUUGUCCUGUCCCCUUAGCAGAAAAACACCCCCAAAGCAUAAUGUUUCCACCUCCAUGUUUGACGGUGGCGAUGGUGUUAUUGGGGUCAUAGGCAGCAUUCCUCCUCCUCCAAACACGGCGAGUUAAGUUGAUGCCAAAGAGCUCGAUUUUGGUCUCAUCUGACCACAACACUUUCACCCAGUUCUCCUCUGAAUCAUUCAGAUGUUCAUUGGCAAACUUCAGACGGGCAUGUAUAUGUGCUUUCUUGAGCAGGGGGACCUUGCGUGCGCUGCAGGAUUUCAGUCCUUCACGGCGUAGUGUGUUACCAAUUGUUUUCUUGGUGACUAUGGUCCCAGCUGCCUUGAGAUCAUUGACAAGAUCCUCCCGUGUAGUUCUGGGCUGAUUCCUCACUGUUCUCAUGAUCAUUGCAACUCCACGAGGUGAGAUCUUGCAUGGAGCCCCAGGCCGAGGGAGAUUGACAGUUCUUUUGUGUUUCUUCCAUUUGCGAAUAAUCGCACCAACUGUUGUCACCUUCUCACCAAGCUGCUUGGCGAUGGUCUUGUAGCCCAUUCCAGCCUUGUGUGGGUCUACAAUCUUGACCCUGACAUCCUUGGAGAGCUCUUUGGUCUUGGCCAUAGUGGAGAGUUUGGAAUCUGAUUGAUUGAUUGCUUCUGUGGACAGGUGUCUUUUAUACAGGUAACAAGCUGAGAUUAGGAGCACUCCCUUUAAGAGUGUGCUCCUAAUCUCAGCUCGUUACCUGUAUAAAAGACACCUGGGAGCCAGAAAUCUUUCUGAUUGAUAGGGGGUCAAAUACUUAUUUCCCUCAUUAAAAUGCAAAUCAAUUUAUAACAUUUUUGACAUGCGUUUCUCUGGAUUUUGUUGUUGUUAUUCUGUCUCUCACUGUUCAAAUAAACCUACCAUUAAAAUGAUAGACUGAUCAUUUCUUUGUCAGUGGGCAAACGUACAAAAUCAGCAGGGGAUCAAAUACUUUUUUUCCUCACUGUACUAGCAUUUCACCUCCCUCUACAGCUCUUCCAUUCUUUGUCUGUUCUGCCUCCUAAUCACUUCCUCUUCCUCUUCUACUCCCUGUCCUUUAUCUCUUUUACCUCAUAUCCUCUAAUUCCUCCAUCCUCCAGUAUCUUCCUGGUUGACCAUGCAUGGACGUACCGUGUGGAGAGCUCCAGGCAGCAGCUGGAGCAGAUCCCCGGCCUCCUGCCCAGGAUCGAUUCCCUCAUGGGGGUUGACUUCCACAGAGAGGCCCCUGACCCAGACGUUUUGGAGCUGGUGCUGGAA